AUGUCCGCUCGACCAGCGACUCCCGCAUCGCCCAAAAAUGCCAAGAUUAAAUCUCCCUCCCCGGGCAAUCCAGUGUUCGGCUGCGAGCAUGUCCAGCUCCUUCUUUCGCAGAGCCAAGAAGUUAUGAACAGCUCCAUAGCUCAUUAUAAGAUGAUACUUCGAGGAAUCUUCGACACAAGCCGCAUUAUUCCCCAGACGUCAACGAACCCAGAAGGCCGACCCGUUACUUCGCUCACCUCGAAUUAUCUAUGUCUACAAUGUCCCGUGACGGUGGAGGAAGCCGAUCGACUGGACCAUGGGACCGAAAAACUACAUCGAUUCUACGUUGACUCUCGCAACGGCUCACUCUAUUGUCAGAUAUGUGAUGACUUUGUUUGGGACCCUACGUUUGAGGAACUCAGAGUGCGAAAGAUAGGGACUGGGACAUUUUCAAUGAACCGAAAACGAAAGCACGACGAACUAUUUGCAGACUCAGGAAAAGAAGAUCCUCGCCUCAUCUCGGCCAACACAGUCGCUGCAUCAUGCCGCGCAAGUGGACUUCGUGGCAUCUACAACGCCGGGGCGACCUGCUACCAGAACGUCGUGCUUCAGAGCUUCCUUCACAACCCUCUCCUGCGCAACUUUUAUCUUAGCGACGGACAUCAGAGCAGCGACUGUAGCAUCCCAUACUGCCUAAGCUGCGCUAUGGAUGACAUGUUCCAGGAUUUCUAUGCUCUGGAGAGUACUAACGGUUAUACAGCGGCUAGUAUCCUCUCUGGAUUUUGGAUUUCGGAGAAGAAAGCUUUUGAGAAUCUUGUAACGACUAAGGAGCAGGAUGCCCAUGAAUUCUUCCAAUUUCUGGCGGAAGAACUGCAUGAGCGAAACGGCGACGGCAAAAGGCCACAGAGUGGAAGUGAGCAUACAUGUAGCUGUAUUAUCCAUCAAACAUUCUACGGCAAAAUGCAAACCACCACAGCAUGCCAGAAUUGCGGCGGCCAGACACAUGCUGUCCAGUCAUUCCUAGAUCUCAGCCUAGGUGUCGAUACUUUGGCACAGAGACGAGCCAAGAAGACGGGACAGAAGCUGCCUGCGCUGACACUGAACGAUUGCUUGGACGAGGAGUAUGUCAAGUCGGACAAGUGCGAGUACAGGUGCCACAGCUGCGCAUCAAUACAGCAGGCACGAAGAUAUACCAACAUUAAACGCCUACCAAACGUGCUGUCUAUCCAACUCAAGAGAUUCGAGAUGAAACAGGGGAAACACGACCGAUCUGCUUCCAAGAUUGACAACGCUGUCCGUUUCCCACUACAGCUAAAUAUGCUUCCCUACACCAAUCGUGCUCGUAGUCGUGAUAGUCGUGAGAAUAUGGAACUGGAGAGAUCAUGCACAUAUGAUCUUUUAAGCGUCGUUGUUCAUGUUGGCGAGAUUGAGACAGGGCACUAUGUGUCAUAUUGCCGGGUUGGAGAUCAGUGGUUCAAAUUCAACGAUCACAAGGUGGAGGUAGCCAAGGUAUCAGAUGUGCUUGGGGCUCAAGCAUAUUUGCUGUUCUACAUAAUUCGAUCACUGGCUUGA